AUGGGUACCAUUGACUCGCAGCUCCUCGUCGUCGCCUGUUCCUCGGGGAUCGCCGUGCAAAAUCCAAAGCCUAGCGGCGGCUGCUCCAACUCCUUGCAGAUCCAUAUUCUUCCCCUAGCGGUGGCUUCUCCAACUCCUCUGUCGGCGGACAGACAAACGUUAUCGGAGCUGAAGGGGGUUUCGAGAUUCAAGAGCUUGUGUGGAUUUUGGUGA